CAAGCGAUAUAAUUAACAAAUCAAAUGAAAAGAACACAUGUGUCGCUGCAUGUCGACUUAUGUCGGUAAAUGGAAAACGCUCUAUGGCGUGAAUUUGUAGUACUGUUUACAAGUUCUAAAUACUGAUUUUUCUGAAUGCAUUUUAAAUUAACUUUUAUACGAAUAUCGAAUUAAGAUUAUAUUAGCUGCAUAAUAAUGUCUCUCAGUAUUAAUGAUUGGACACCCGAGCAUUUUGUUAAAAAUCAAUCAUCUUGUAAAUUUAUAUUGGAAAAUUCUGAUGCAAUAAGAGAAAUCCCUUUGUUAAACAAUGCACCUUUACAUUACUUUAAGGAUAAACAAAUUGUUAGAUUUCGUGGCAUGAUACAAGAUAUGUAUAAUCCUGAAUAUUAUUUUAAAAAGUAUGAAGUCAAGAAUAUACAAAAUGGAUACUGUGAUGUUAGAUUUGGAAUGUAUAUGGAUUCAAUGAUAUCAUCGCCAAAUGAAGAAAUCAUUUUUAAUUCAGAAAAGAAUAUCAGUUCUGAAAGACAAACAUGCAUUGUUAUUUCUAUACCAGGAUUAAACAAUUGGGCAAAACAAGGAGAUACAAAUAUUGAUAAUUUAAAUAGGAAUGUAAUAAAUAAUUACAAUACAAAUAAACGGAGUUUAGAAAAUAAUGGAGUUGAAGAAAUGGAUUGUUCAGAACCAACUAGGAAGAAAGAAAAAUUGUUGAUAGAUGAGACAAAUGAAACGUCAAAUAAUGCUAAAAUAAAUAAAGAUAAUAAUGGUAUUUUAUCACAGGAACAUAUUUUAAAUUUUCCAAUACCGAUUGACAACGGUAAAGCUUGUAUUGUAAAGGUUUACGAUGAAACAAUGCAUUUAAAGCUGAAUCAAGUUGUAGAUAUAAUAGGAUUUAUAUCACUUGAUCCAGCAUUAAAUGUUUUUAAUAAUUCUGAAGAAAUGAUGGAGGAUGCUGAAAUGAACACACAUAAUCCACCAAUUUCUCUUGUACCAAGACUCCAUGCGAUAAAAAUAACUGUACUAACAAAACAUGAAAUAGAAAAUGCUCCAUUAAUAAUGUCAAAAGCACAGGCAAUAAGAGGAGAUCUUCAUAUAAUUUUAAGUCAGUUGUUAUUUGGCGACCAAUUGGCUGCUGAUUAUCUCAUCUGCCAUUUAUUGUCUUCCAUAUAUAUGAGAAAGGAUUAUCUUUGUCUUGGUACUUAUCCUUUGAACAUUACAAAUUUUUCUAUUACAAAAUGCAAGAUAUUUCCUAAAAAGCUUUAUGAUUUUUUAACACUAUUUGUAAAAAAGAGUCACUUGUUGGAAGUUACAUUGGAAAAUUUAAAUGAUAUGGCUUUGAUACCAAAGAAAGAUUAUGUGUGCAACAGAUUAACAAGUGGUAUACUUCAAUUAAGUGCUAAUACUCAUCUUGUAAUUGAUGAAACAGGAUUGACCAGCGGUCAAGUUUCACAAGCUGGAAGACAGAACUAUGAUGCUAUUAUGAAUUUAAUUACAUUUCAGAAAGUGCCAUACGAUUUUAAAUUUUAUACAAUGGAGUAUGAUACAGAUAUACCUGUUUUAAUCUUGUCAGAAGCAAAAUCUUUUAUACCAUGCCCGACUCAAGUUGUAUUAAAAGAAGAAUCAGAAAAUCAUUAUUUACAAGUAAUUGAAGCUACUAAUCAAUAUUUGAAGGAUCAAAAUCGAUUGACUGACAUUCGUCAUUAUCUUGAAGUUUUAAGGCAUACUGAAUUUGAAUUUAAUGAAGAUGUUACAAAUGUUAUUCAAGAUGAUUUCGUACAAAUGCGACAAACAAAUAGAAAUAUAACUGGAGAAAAUUUACAUUCAUUGAUAGUACUGGCAAGACUGAUGUCUUUAUCUUAUGGACAAAAUAGAUUAACCAUAGAUUGUUGGAAAAAAACAGUUGCGAUGGAAUUGGAAAGAAUUAAUAGAUUACCGCAACGUAAUAAAUAAAUGGUAUAUUACAUAUAUUUGUAUAUUAUAAGUGAGAUAGUAUUUGUGAAUUAUUAUAGACUUUUGAUAUAGGAUUAU